AUGGAGGGGGGGAAUGAUAUGAUGAAGGUGGAAAAGAGAUCGAUCCAGGUUUCCAAGCAAAAAGGGAAAAGAAGUCGCUCAAGAUCGGAACUUACCGGCAUCGUCGUUACUCGGAGGAAGGAGAGAGGCGAAGAGCUAGCCCAGCCAAGUGGCUUUGGAUCUGAGAUCAAAGCGUGGAAAUGGAAGAGUCAUGAUGCAUAG